GGUUCUUACAAUACAUUGUGCAGAUUUGAAUGUAUCGACGUCGGUUGGGGUUAUUCGCGGUGUUGAAGCGACAAUUAACAUUGAAGGAAUUAGAUAUUCAUUUAAAAAGUACCUUGGUAUUCCGUUUGCUAAACCACCAGUCGGAGAUUUACGAUGGAAAAAACCGGUUUCAUACGGAAAUCUGGGCGCGACAACAUACGAAGCAGUUGCUUACAAGAACAUUUGUCCACAAAUUCAUCUACCGGGCGAAGAACAAGUAGGGGUAGAGGACGAAGAUUGUCUAUACCUUAACAUCUGGGUUCCGGACAAGACCCCCGCUCCCGACAAGGCACAUGCAGUCAUGGUCUUUAUAUAUGGAGGUGCUUUCAUUUGAGGCUCUGCAGACACGUAUAACGGAGAGGAACUCGUCAAUUAUGGUAACGUCAUCUUAGUAACGUUGAAUUAUAGAGUCGGGCCACUUGGAUUCCUGAGCACCAUGGAUGAGAACUGCCCGGGUAAUUUUGGAUUCUGGGAUCAGCGACUUGCACUAGAAUGGGUAAAUAAUAACAUAGGAUAUUUUGGAGGAGACUCGGGGCGAAUCACGAUUUUCGGGGAAUCUGCAGGGGCUAUAGGUGUUGCUCUUCAAUCCAUGUACCCGAGUGAUAGUGGAAAGAUAUUCCAAAGGGCAAUAUGUGAGAGCGGGGUUGGGUCUGUGAGUUUCAUUAACUAUACACGCGAUACAACGUACAUGGUGAAUGCUAUAGCAGAGAGGGUUAAUUGUAUGGAAAAAAGUUAUGCAGAAAUUAUAACAUGUCUAAGAAAGGUAUCAUGGAAUAAACUGAUGGCUGUUGUGAUGGAUCUAAAUGAAAAUGUAACACGACUUGAAUAUAUUAACUUUGAUCCUGUUCUUGACAACGAUUUCAUAAAAUAUGAUCCGAAAGAGUUAAAAAAACUUUCGGCAGACAGAAACAUCGAGGAAUUAGAAUUUUUCCGACGCAUUGAUUUUAUGAACGGCUUUAAUCAGUACGAAGGUGGGGUAUCCAUGCAAUACUUCACUGGGGGAGAUAUGGAAGCCUUCCAGCCUACAUUUUCCGAUUUUGUUGAACUGAUUCCUUACGCAACUUUCGUGAUUGGUGAGAUUCCGAUCGAGGUAAUUCCGCUAAUUGCUCAUGAAUACACAGACUGGACGGAUCCGUAUAAUUACGAAAAUAUACGACGUCAGUACGCACAUCUUCACGGUGAUAUACAGUUUGGUUUUCCAGCCGUGGAAACUUCGUUACUUCACGCAGGAAGUUCCAGUCAGGACGGAAGAUCCUUCAUGUUCCAUUUCCUCCCUUCUCCAACCAACCGGCUUCCGACAACUCCCACCUGGCUGCCGGGAGCUGACCAUGGUGAUGAGUUGGCCUUCGUUUUUGGGCUGCAGUCUGAUGCUGGGAUCAAACAGUGGGAAUUAGACCUGUCCCGUAAAAUGAUGAAAUACUGGUCAAACUUUGCAAAGACUGGAAAUCCAAACGCCGAAGGCCAGGAUCUUCUAUUCUGGCCGGAGUACACACAUUCAAAACAAGAAUGCAUGUCCUUUGACAAGACCAUGGACAAUGACUCGGUGGAACAACACUUUUAUGCAGAGAAGCUGGAGUUCUGGACAAAUGUGUUUCCAACUACCAUAAAAGCGCUAGAAGGUGACCGAACUUGUCCUCCCAUCGAUGGUCCAGUUAACGGUGUUGGAAGGUCUGUGACCAGAACAGGACACGCGAUGUUUGUUCUUAUCUUGUUGUUUGCUUAUGUUCUGUAUUAGAAUCUAACCCGUCUCUCAGAUGCUGUGAAGACGAUCGAGUAUAUAUAUAUUAAAUAUUUGUAGUUAUU